AUGAAUAAACUAUUCUAUUAUUAUAUUUUAUUUUUUAUUUGUUGGUUCAUUAAAACAACAAAGUCUACGACUACUACUACUACUAUAGCUACAUCACCAAUAGGAACAGUUGGAUAUAGUUUAUACCCACCAACAAGACAACAACUAUGUUAUUUCUCACACAAUAACAAGUUUGAAGGAGAACCAAAUACUGUGAUGGAUCCUGCAUGUCGAGAUGCCUAUCAUCAUGUAGCAUUUCAAGAUCAGGCAGACUUUGCACUUGGAUCGAUACAGUUUAUACAUUAUACUUCGUAUUGGUGGUCACCCAAACAAGAUGAAAAUGCAUCCACUCCAUUAGACUAUAUAAGAGAUGGUAUUUGUUCGGCUGGUAAUCAACACUAUCAUGGAAUGGAUCUCAUUGCCAAAUGGUCAACUGUCCCAAUCACUCUAAGAAAUUCUUCCUAUUCUUUUCAUAAAUCAAAAUUAUUAAAUAAUAAUAUAGAUACAUCAUUAUCACAACAUAAUUUUGUAUUGGAAUAUUGUAUGGAUACACGUGGAACAUUUAAUAAUGUAAAUUGGAAUAUUUAUAUUAGUAAGACUAACCAUCUUGGUAUAUCAUCAACCAAUACCAACCCAGUAACAAUGGAUCAUUUACUAUCACUACACAACUAUACAUUUGAAAAUGAUAGAUUGGAUUCACCUAGUGAUGGUUGUAUUGGUGGUGGUAUCAUUGUUAGAUUUCCAGUUACAAUUCCAUCAUCCUAUCAUUAUAAAACUGAUCAAAAUGUUGUACUCGUUGUUGUAAUGCAUCGUGGUAAUUCUUCUUGGUUUAGUUGUUCUGAUAUUACUUUUUUAAACUAUCAAGAUAAAGAUAUUAAUAUUAAUAAUAAUAAUAAUAAACCAACAACAACAACAACAACAAAAACAAUAAUUAAUCCAACAAAUAUUCCAACUAUUAAUCCAACAAUAAUUUCAUCUAUUGAUAUUCAACCAAAUAAUACUAGUAGUAAUAAUAAUACUUUAUCUUCAUCAUCAAAUUAUCCAUCACCAUCAAAAUUACCAAAAAAUAAUAAUAAUAGAAUACCAACAACAACAAAUCAAUCAAAACCUACUACUACUACUCCAACAUUUAAAAAUUCAAAAAUGGUAGAAUUAUUAAUUUAUUUAUUAAUGGGUAUUAUUGGUAUAUUAAUCAUUUAUAUAAUAACAUCAAAUAUUUGUAUUUUUGGUAACAGACAACCAAGACAAAGAUUUAUUGAAUCUGCAUAA